AAAACGCCAAAGAAGGAAAGAUAGAAACGAAGAAGAAGAAGCAGCAGCAUCAUCGCUUUGCUGAAACAUAAACAAGCGGCAACACAAAUAUGUCGAUCGUCUUUGUGCCAAAGAAACUGCGAGGAAAGGCGAAAAUCAACCAAGAAACCAUACAGCGGUUGCUGGAUGAAAACGACCAGCUGAUCAGAUGCAUCGCUGAAUACAUGCAGAAGGGCCGCGCGGCCGAGUGCGUGCAAUACCAGCAGAUCCUGCACCGCAACAUCGUCUACCUGGCAACCAUCGCCGACGCCAGCCCGGACAACGGGCCUCCUGCAACACACUCUACGUCAAAUGAAACCUCGGCUUCAACCCCAGCGGUGAACGGGCACGGUGCGACGUGAUGACGUCAUGGCGGCAGCUCCCGUCGGGGGAUGAUUUCACGCAAAACAUAUUGAGAAUACCAGGAUCACUGGUGCUCCAAUUCAGUAAAUGCUAAACUGAAGGUCUAUAUUAUGCGGAGAAAAAUCCUGUCAAUUCUACAUAUUUGUUUGUAUGAAAUGUAUAUAAAACAUGCUAUUUAAA